AUGGCCACCAAAACCGACUUUUCAACCCCUGACAUACCUCAGUCCACGGCUACGUUCUACGUCUCCUCCUGCACACGCAUCAAUGCCCCCGCUAGCCUCGUCUUCCGUACCCUCCGUAACACCGAAACCUGGAAAGAUUGGAACCGCUGGAUGCCGCGUGUGACAAUCACUUUUCAACCGGACGACGAAGAUGACGCCACACUAGCCGAAAUCGAGGAGCUGGUGAGAAAUACUUCCAUCGCGGUAAAUUUUGACUCCGACAUUACCGAUGGAGCAAUCAUGUCAGAACCGGGCCCUGAGUAUUCCACAGCGCAUAGGAGGGGAAGUCGUGGUGGUUCGAGUGCUGGGAACGGGGGUGCCAGCCUUGCACCGCCUGGAAGUAGAGGCUCAGCGAGUAUUGAGCGGCCCAUUAGUCCUCCGCCUGUGAUACGACAAAGGUUAGCUAGCAACGCUAGCAGGUUCUCGGGAAUCUCACAGAAUAGUGUGGAUGGGCCCUCACGAUCAAAUUCAACUACAAACGCCAACGGCACCGGCAGCACCGGUGACCCUGAUGGAUUAUCCGCAGCACAAAAAUACCAAGCUGCAACCGAGGCCCGCAAAGCCUCCCUAUCCCCCGGGCAAUCACCUCCUCCAUCAGCAAACACAAACAGCAAUUCGGUUCUACUCGAAUCCCCCGGGAAUGCCUCUCUUCUCAUGCCAGCACCCGCCAAUACUCAGUCGACUGCCCUCGCAGCCAAAGCUUCGCGGCGCAAAUCCGGCACCAAUUCACAGCACAGGAGGCAACUACACAUUAACGCCCUUUACGGCGAACCCUCUGUGCGGAUCCAACUCGGUACGAAAAUGAUUCUGUACAUGAAGAUGAAGUUGCCCCACAGUCAAGAAAUGAGGGAACAGGGCGUCGUCGUCACCGAAGUCUCUCGUCCAGACGACCCUCAGGACGAACCUGGACGGGCAUCCCUGUCGCGCACUCAGACUCAUACAACUUCCAUAUCUGGCGUGUAUAGACUUGUCUGGAGCAGCACCAAUUCCUACAGCCCUCCAAGAAGCUACCCUCGCUUCCUAUUACAAACGCAACGCGUCCACGAGAUAAGACCGAUCACGACGGGCGAUGGCAAGGAAAUGUGCGAGUACUGGGAUUGGGAGUGCCAGAGGGGUAUAUUGUCAAAGAAGAACAAGAAGGAGAACACGUACAUGGAGGAGAGGAUGGCGGAGUGGGGGAGGAUGUUGGGUGAGUUUUGCGAGAGUAUGGGCGGCGCGGUCGAGAGGAGGGAUUUCAGUGUUGGAUAG